CUGGUUGUCGUUGAGGCUUGAACCAAUUUGAGCAUAGAGAAAGUGUGAGCAGGUGCCAUCCUAAACCAGCGCAAAGGAUUUUGUGGAAAUUUUUUUCAUGAUCUCAUGUUGAUGUCAUGCCGUAAGUUCGAUAUCACGAUGAUGAAAUUUGGCGCGAUCCCAGUCUAUGUCAAGAGAAUCAUCAUUGUCGAGCUAUUUAUUCUCCUCGUCAUCGUGGGAUAUUUUGGUACAACAGCAGGAGACUCAUUUAUCGAAUCAAAGGAUUUUGGAGUUUCCGAAGAUAUACUGAGAAGUUCACAUUCUGGAUUUGCUCCUCUAGAUGUUUUCAUCAUGAAGCCUUUUGCAGUCCAAGGGCAACAAUAUCAUAGUCGAAGGAGACUGACACAAGCCGAGAGACUGCCACCAUCCGACGCUGUGGCAGAACCAUCGAAUUACCGAAAAUCGCCACCCAUUCUAAGGUAGAGAUAAAUCUUGCGCUCUGGUCAAAGAACUUUAGAAAGCGCUGCACAAGCUACUGGAUUAUGUAGCACAUUGUACUUCUUACAGUACCUAAAGACAAUUUUCUACAUCGGUGUACUGUGCUCUCGAAAAGCCGAAAUUCCUCCAAGGUGCGCCAUGAAGGGAAUGGUUCCAGCUUUGAAACGUGGUUUCUUCUGCUCCAUGUAGUGGGUCUCAGUGUGUUGACAAGCUGGUGCCUCAUUUGGCAUGUUAGUGGGUAGCUUCACACUUAUCGGAUUGAAAUUAUUUUUACAUCAAAAGUGUACAAAAUUCAAUUUUUUUUCUGUUCAAUCAGAGAACCUUGUUGAAGUACUUCAUCAGCCUGCUUUUCAAGAUAUACCUUGACAUUUACUCAGGCUCCGCUUGAAUCAACGUGUGUAAUAUAUCUCACAUGUAAUCAUGAUAUGAUA